CGGGGAGUAGUAGAGUAGAGUAUGUACGCUCCGACUUCGGCACACCAUCAAUAAGGCAAGCAGGCAGGCUGGCAGAGAAGAAGGCACACAACACAAAAUACGCGUGCAGCAGUGGCGUGUACGGGGCUGGGGCUGUGCGAGUGUGCGCUACGGUGGCGGAAACGAAACAACGACAGCGGCCAACUUCAAUCGCUUCGGCCAGGCACUUUUGCGCUCCGGAUCAGUCGGCGGCAGCUUUCAGUUGUUCAGUUAUUGAGAGACGGUUGCCGAGUGUGGAUGUGUUUUUAUAUCGCUAGCGAGGAAAAAGUUUCUACUGCACAGUUGAUGAGUUCGAACCACAAGGUGGUCGGGAAUUUUUUCGGGAGUUUGCAGCCACAAUCGAAGGACUAAAGUGGUGAAUAGCAAUUAACGUAAAGGAGGGGUAGAUUUUCACAACAAUCAAGGCUGUUCGUAUUCUCGAAAGAACCCUAAACAGUGGUGGUAGAAAGCUAGGAUAAACAUCCUAUAUCGGCGGUGAAUUAUGUGUGUAAGAUCGCUGUAACCAGCAGUGCGAUUAGGCGAAUGUUUUUGCACUUUUGACGGAAGUAGUAAACUAACAGCACAACCAUGGCAGCCAAGUUAUUUAACCUACUGGGAUUAUUGCUGUCAGUUUUGGUGAUUGAUUCGGUGCGAGCCGUUGAAGAGCUCAAGUGUGAACUAAUUACGGUUUCUGCCUGUCAGAAUCUGGUGUACAACAUGACAGUCGCUUCGGCACCGAUGACGGUGACCAACGGUUCCGGAAAUUCGUCCUCAUCCGGUGAACCCGGAGAGCUGGAUGUCGUUCGAUCACAACGGGAUGCAGAGUUGCUGAUCACAUCCCUCCGGCCGGUAAUCGAUUCGGGCUGCUCGAAACAGGCACUGUUCCUGUUCUGUUCCUCGCUGUUUCCGCUGUGCUCGGCCAAUGCGCCCCGACCGGUUCAACCGUGCCGCUCGUUGUGCGAACAGGUUCGCAAGGAUUGCUUCAGUGAUGCCGUUUUCAGCAAACUGUGGCCCGCCUAUCUGGACUGCCGGACGCUGCCCCAGCCGGAAAACCACGGGCUGUGCAUGCAGGUCCCCCCGGAAGCAUCCGGAAGUGUCGAGAAGAAGAACCAAACCACACACCCAUCCGUAGCAGCCAUUCCGGUUAAACCGUGGUCCAUCUUCAAUCUGCCCCAGCUGCCGCAUGGUGCACUGGUACCAAACUCGUUCAUCGAACCGGGUGCGACACGUCCCCCGCAUCACGCGAUGCCCAUCCCGAUUAGCUGCCCAACAAACUAUUCCCUCGAGUACGAUCAGUGCGUGCCGAAGUGCGGUUCAUCCGUCGAUGCCAUGUACAGUGGGCAACAGAAGGAAAUUAUCGAGUUCUGGACCCUGAUCCUAUCGGCUGGUUGUUUCAUCUUCACACUCAUGUCGCUGGUUACGUUCUGGACCAAGGCGACCAAGUUUGAAUAUCCGGACCGGCCACUACUCUUCAUGACUCUAUGCUACAAUCUGAUGGGUCUGUGCUAUUUGGAAAGAACCAUCCUCCAUAACCCGCGGAAGGAGCUCAUUGACUUACUGGAAUUCCGCCAGGAAUGCAACAUCACUUCCCAGUGCCUGGCAUACUACAUCAUAAAGAAUUAUCUACUGAUCAGCGCUACUACGUGGUGGCUCAUCUUCGGUGUAUGCUGGUACCUAAGCACUGCCAAACAAUGGUCCUGCGAAGCCCUGGAGAAAAAAUCUGGUCUCUUCCACGUGAUGGCCUGGGUGGUCCCAUUCACCUCACCCAUCGGAGCUCUACUUCGAGGAAACAUUCAAAAGUUCGAACUGACCAACUUCUGCACCGCCAAAGGAUUCACCGAAAUCCCAGCUCUGAUCCUUCUUAUAGCAGGAGCAAUCCUCGUCUUCCUCGCAUUGGUCGCUUUGAAACGUCUCAAAUCCACCUGGAACCAAAGUGAAACUCUUGCAAAGAUCUUCACCCGAGUGCUACUAUUCGCCAUCAUCUAUCUGAUCCCGGCCCUGUCAGCCGUCAUCUGCACCUUCUUCGAGCAGAUAGAAAAUCCCCUGGAACCAUGUCACUCCAAUGGAACAUGCCCCGCACCGCAAAAAUUCUCGCUGCUUCCAACACUGCUCAAGCUUAUCCUAACCCUGGUCGGUGGUUCAGCGACCGGUAUUUGGUUGUGGUCCAAACACUCAACUGAUCUGAACAAGAAAUCUUCCCUUACGGGGUCCAAUUCGUCCAAAGGAUCGCUAAAAACGGUUCCCCUACUAAAAGUGCACCAUCCUUCAUCGCAAGCCGGGAACAACGCCAAUCCAUACCGGGCGACAACUAUCAGCGGCCAUGGUAGUGGUAGCCAUACGACGAGCUCCAGCUCGUCGAAGAAGUAUCUCUACAAUCAGGCCUACGGUGGCCAUCGGAGUUCCAGUGGUGGCGGUGGUGGUGGUUCGACCACGAAUGGGUACGUUCCAGUGCGGAUACAUCGGAGUCUGCGGGGAGCAUCCAGUGGUACGACGACGUCCAUCAUUACAAGAAUUUGAAGCUCGACGGUGCCGAGGAAAACCGAGGAGGGCUAAAGCUUUAAACUAGGUCGGUAGCGUGAGAGAAACGUCGGAAUAGCGAUUAUGUUCUAACUGUGAUAAAUUUUAAAUUGUAAAUAUUGAUUGUAACGAGCCGGUUACGAAGUAUUGUAAUGAUACAUGUGUUAGUAGUAACUAUCUGUCUUCAAAAGCGAGAAGUAUUUAUUUACUGUGUAAAUGACUAUUUUUAGGAUUUAGUAUUACAUUACAAAGGUAACCUUUACAAUCACAAGCGUUUCAAAGCUAUUGUACAGAAUGGGUAGUCACUAAUCCAGAUAGGAUUGAUUGGUAAGAAUUAGUAUAUAGUAAUUCGGUUUUGUAAUAUCAUAAGAAUAAU